AGGCCGCUAUCUCAGGGGGGCGGGGCUUGGCGGGGAGCGUCCGUGGGGUCCGCACAGAGGGAAAAAAUGACUGCUGGUUCUGUCCUCGUGCCUCAGAUUAUACCGCUUCAGCUUCCUCUUGCUGGGAAGGCGAAACAUGAAAUAGACACAAACACCCUUGUUGAAAUAAAGUCAGAUACCCCUGAUGUCACCAUAUACUACACUUUAGAUGGAAGUAAACCAGAGCUCUUUAAAAAAUCUUGCUAUGGAGAGCAUAACACUUUUAAGUAUAAGGAACCUAUCACCUUGCCUGAUGGGAAAAUAAUGGUCAGAGCUAUGGCAGUCACAAAGGACUGCAGAGAAAGUGCCAUUAUAACAAAGAUGUUUUUGGUAGAAUACAAGCCACCAAACAUACUGUUCUCUGAUGAAGAUAAUGAUAAGAAUUUCCUGAAGGACCUCUUCAAACAGGAGCUAGAAGAUGGACUGCCUAUCACAAAAUCAAAAAAGAAUGGCCUGAAUGUAGAAAGCAGCAAGUCCAGCUGGAAUGGUACAGCCCAGGAGUUUCAAGAUGUGGAGGUAGAGAGAAGAACUGUCCGCAAGUCUCCAAAAGGGCCCAGAUUCUUGAACAGUCGGUUGGAAACAGCAAAUUAUAGAGAGGAGUCAGUUUCAGCACCACCAACACAGCAGUCUCAGCUCACUAGUUCUGCAGUGACUAGCAGGAAGAGUUUAACAAGCACCCAGACAAUGAGAAUCCAGAGGGAAACAGACUUCCUCAAGUGUGCACAUUGCUUAGCUCCUCGGCCAUCUGAUCCUUUUGCUCACUUCUGUCAAGAAUGUGGUUCACCUGUCCCACCUGUGCCAGGGCAUCGCCUCCCACCCCCUGAAGGAGCUCAGAUGGGGCCAUGUAUUGAAUGCAGAACGAUGGUGCCGAUGAACACACCCUCUUGUAUUGUAUGUGAGGCUCCAAUAGCUCCACAGUUGCAGCCCCAAGCCAGCAUCUGCUUAAAGGGCAAGGUAAUUUGUCGGGUGUGUGGCACAGGAAAUCCUAUUCACAUUAAGCACUGUGUGACCUGUGAAAGCAAGCUGCCUGACUCACAGAUGCCUGUGUUCAAUGGAGAUACACCCCCUCCUUUACCCAUGCAGUUGGGAAAAACAGUAUCCUGCUCAAAGUGUGGUCGUGCUAACCACUGUGAUGCUCGUUUCUGUGACUGGUGUGGAGCCAAGCCAGGUCCUCCUCCUUGCUACUUUGCUUGCUUCAAGUGCGGUGCAAACAACCAUCCAUAUGCUCGAUUCUGUGGAUCUUGUGGUGUUUAUAUUGAACCUAUAUCAAAACCAAGCUCUCAGAAUGGCAUGCUGUUGGGCGCCGGAGACUCCUGCACAUUUUCUCAGGUUAAAGGGUUACAGACUCAAGCUGCCUGGCAACCUCUGGCUGUUGCAUUGCCCAAACCCAGACUAGAUUUAUCAGAAAGAAAAGACAAAGGAACCCAGACCAUUGGCCUGUUUUACCCAUCAAGUAAACUCCUGGAAAAGAAGGAACUUGAACUAGUUUCUCAAAAACAAAAGGAGGAGAAGAUGAGUGAUCAUAAGCCUCUCCUUACAGCCAUCAGUCCUGGAAGAGGUUACUGGAGAAAGCAGCUGGAUCAUAUCUGUGCUCACCUUAGAAGCUAUGCUCAGAACCACCCAGAGUUCAGGGCUUUGGUUGGAGAACCUCGUAUGGGAAAGAUUAUUUCUGCUACAGUCCAUGAGGAUGAUUAUGAAGUCAGUAUCAGAUUAAAUUAUGUUCUUGCCACAAACAAGGGUAUUCUUACAAGCAAACCAAUAAAGUUUGACAAUCAUUAUCUGAGCACUGUGACAGAAGGCAGAGAUGGCCUAUAUGAUAGUCAGCCUAGUCUAGUGAGUGAAGAGGGUCAAAUCUCAAGCCCUAAAGGAAAAGUAAAAAGACCAAAGAAGACAAGAAAAUUUCUAGAAAAAGAAGACAAGCUGCCCCCUGAGGCUAGACAGCUACUGAAAGAAGUGGGCCCAAGUGGUGAGGGAAGAAUUUCUAUGGUAGAACAAUUGCUUGAUGAAGGAGCUGACCCAAACUGCAUAAAUAAUGAAGACCGACCUGUUUUAACAGUGGCUGUCCUAAAUGGGCAUGAUGAAGUGAUUCCAGUUCUUGCGCAGAAAGGUGCAGAUAUUGACCAUCAGUCAGGACCGCAUAGUAACACUGCUCUUCACGAGGCUGUUUCAUUUGGAUUAGAGGGAAAGAAAUGCAUCCAAGUCUUGUUAGGCUGCAAUGCAAGCUUUAAGAAGAAAAAUGCAAAAGGACAAUCAGCAUACGAUCUGGCUGUGAAGACUGGGAAUAAAGAAAUAAUAGCAUUGUUUACAAGUAAACUUGGACAGGGACUGCUAAACAAACUCACCAAACCCAAAAAUAUUACUCUGACUGAUGUCUGACUGCAAUCACCUUGUUGAAGGUAGAGCUGGAGGUUAUUUAUGGUCAGAAGAAAUUUAUGGGACUGCACUGAAUUCCUUCAGAUUUCAGGCUGUGGAUUUUUUUUAAUUAGGUGUCAUUGAAAUCAGUGACAUCUGACUACAAUGUCAAAAGCCUCGAAUCCUAUCUAAAAUCCUUAAGCAAGAUUCUUUUUGUAGUUCAAAAAGAAGUCUUAAGAACUUCAGGGUUAGACCUCAAGAGAAUACCUGUGCCUUUUCAGCUUUAUUCAUCAACUCUGUGGAGGUACCAGUAGGAUCUAGGAUUGACUGAUCAGCCUAUUUUACUUUUUAAGUAUAAUGCAUUAUGAAUCAUAUAGACCAGGGGUUCCCAAACUGUGGUAUGUGUACCGUGGGGGAGAUGUAGGACAUCUCCAGGUGACUAUGCAGGAGAAACUGUGUAAUAACAGAUUUAAUUUUCCUUAUAAUAAUUGGCUUUGAAGGGUUAAGAUAAAAAGUAUACUGGUAAGGGUAUGUCAGCAGCUGGUAAAUCUGGAAGGGGGUGCACAAUAAGAAAAAAGUUGUUUGGGAACCUCUCAUGCAGACUGUUGUAAAAGGACAAGUGUUAAGUUUCAUUGUAGGAAGUGUUCUGAGCAGAGUAAAAAUAAAUCUUUGUUCAGUGUUUUGUCUUAUAGACAUUUAUUUGUAAAUGCAUCAAAACAAAAAGUGGAACUGUACAGGAGACUUUCAAAGCCACUGAGAGAUUUGGGAGCACUCAGCUAGGAAUAACAAGAUGGAAGUGAGAAGCCCUUUACAGGGAGGGUAGAGAUCUACCCAAGGCUCAGACUUUCCUGCUGGAGCCACUGGAUGGUAUGAUGGCAACACGAGCUGUUCGGCCACUACAAAGACAUGACCGCAAUGUUAGCACCACUACCAGCCGCUGUCUGAAGAAAUGCAAUCACUCCAGCAGUCAAACAAGAGCAGAUCUACAUGCCUGAUGCUGCCUGCAAGUAACAACUAGAG